CUUAGUCAUAUGUACGCUAGCUAGUGUCUGUUUGUCUAAUACCAAUAGACAUUUUUGAUAAAUAUUCCGAUUGCAUCUCUUAGAAUUUUAGAUUUUGUGAUUCACAAUAAACAUCAUUUUUUAUUACUUUUAUGUAAAACCACAAGCUAUGAAUAUUUUUUUUUUUUAUUUUCACCAUCAAUUUACAUAAAAAUAAAUUUAAGGAGGUUGUGUACGUCUUUGCGGGGCGCAGAGCGAGAGGGGAACGCCUAUGCUUAUACAUAGAGUCCGGUCGUAGUUACCAAUCGCAUAACAAUAAUUCUUUAUUUUUUCAAAAUAGUUUUUAGUGAUUGAAAAUUUAUCACAAAUUUUCAUUUUUAAUAUAAUUAUGUAUAUAGUUCAUUCAAUACUUCUAAUGAUAUAUAUAAGGGCUUAAUAAUUAAUUUUUCAAUUGAAUCUAAAACGCGUCAAACGUGGCAACAUCGCAAUAAGUUUUUUUUACGGAUCUACUGUUGGCAAGCUUUCGUAUUCUCUGAUGUUGAGUGAUCUAACCUGUGCAAUUAUGUCAAGUGAAAAAGUUUCCAAAAUAUCUAAAUAUCGCUGGAAAGGUAAACUUUGUACUGAGAAACAAUACAAAGCAAGAUUGAGACAAGUUGAAGGAGGUAAAAUGAAUAGUAAAUCAAGCAUUAGUGAUAGAGCCAAAUAUGAAGUGGAAGGUCGAAGAAUUAUAGAAUAUGAGGUUAUGAGGAAACAUAUGCACUGUGUUUUCUGUAAACAACUCCUAUCACUUGAUGACGUUGAAAAUGAACAUAGAAAUGGUUUGGGUUCAAUAUUUUUAAUACGUUGUCGUGAGUGUCUUGGUAUAAACAAAAUCCCAACUGGAAAAUCACAUGAUAAUUAUCAGAAACAGCCAGUAUUUGAUGUCAACACUAAACUAGCCAUGGGUACUUUGCACGCUGGAUUAGGUUUUUCAUCAACCACUAGUUUAUUUCAAACAAUGAACAUUCCGACAAUGUCAUCAAGAACAUUUAAAAAACUUGAAAGAGAAGUUGGGCCUGUUGUUGAGAUUAUUGCAAAGGAAAGCUGUAAAAAAGCAGUCGCCUUGGAACGAGCUUUAACUAUUAAAAAUUUAGAGAAUUUGCAAGAAAAAUUGCCAGAAGACUUGCGAAGGAGUGAUUUUUUAGUUCCUCAAAAAGAAGAAACUUGUUUUCAUUUACCCACCAUUUCGGCUGAAUGUGAUGCUGCUAUUGAACUUAUGGAAGUAAAUCCUUCUUCAACAUCUGAUAAGUCGGAAACAUUCAUAUUAAAUGAAAUAAAAAUCCCAGAACAUUCUGAAAUUAUAAUAUCUUCUUCAGACAGUGAUAAAACGUGUGCGCUAAAUUCAUUGCCAUCAUCAUCAUUAAUUACUGCUACGACCAAAUCUAAUUUUGAAAUAAUGGAGUUAACUACUUCAACAACUCAUCACUUGGAAGAAUCGGUAAUACGCGAAGAAAAUGGUUUGGAAGAAACAAAUCCGUUACCAAUUCCAGUGUUCAAUCCUGCAUCAAUCACUUCUGAUACUUUACUCCGUUUAUUUGUAUGUUUCGAUAUGGGUUGGAGUAAAAGAGGGAAUGGGUUGCAAUAUGACAGUCUUAACGGAUACGCUACAAUGAUUGGUGCUUCUUCCGGCCUCGUAAUAGAUUAUAUUACAACAAGCAGAAAAUGUCGCAAGUGUGAGUUAGGUUAUGCUAAAAAUUCACAUGAUUGUCGGCUAAACUUUCAUGGCACUGCCAAAGCUAUGGAGGCUCAUGCAGCAGCACAGUUAGCGGCAAAAAGUGAAAUUUUGAAGAGCAGUAAUUCUGAAAUUGGAGUUUUUAUUAGUGACAACGAUAGUUCUAGUAUUUGUGCAGUUAGAAAUGCCACUGAUCAUACUGUUGUAAAACAGUCAGAUCGGAAUCACGUAUCAAAAGGCGUUAAAAAUUUAUUGUACAAAACUGCAAAUAAUAAAGAUAUAAAUGGAUUGACGGGUGAUGCAAUAAAUUAUUUGCAUCGUUGUUACACCUAUUCUGUUGCUCAAAAUGAAGGAAAUACCAAGAAUAUGGCUGCUGCUAUUAGAAACAUUCCAUACCACGCAUUUGACAUUCAUGAAAAUUGUGGUAACUGGUGUGGAUAUUUAAAGGACCCUGAAAAUUAUAAGCAUUCUGUGUUAUUCCACAAAGAUUUUAAAAAUGAAGUUUUGUUUAAAAAAAUAUGUGAAACGUUCAAUAAGUUAGCUCAAAACGCUGAAAAAUUUUCGUGUGCUGCGUCAACUCAAGCAAAUGAGAGCUUGAACUCAAUGAUGUCCCGUAAAGCUCCCAAAGCAAUAUGUUAUAGCACUUCGGAAUCAGCGGACUAUAGAUUUGCGUGCACAGUGAGCCAAAAAAACUGUCGUCAACAAUACGUACAAGAUGUUUUUACCAAAAUGAAAUUAAGUCCUGGAUCAUAUUUAUCAAAACACAUUGAACGAUCCAAAAAAUCUUUCCAGCUUAGAUCCAUUAAAGCAAAACAGCCGAGUUUUAAGGCUAGACGACAACUUUUGAAGAAAAAACGUAAUCAACUCCGUAACGCCAAAGAGCGUACAGAAGGUGAUACAUAUCAAAGUCACAUUGAUUUAUUGACUACGUCCUGUGUUGAAGUCAAACCUAAUUCAAACCUAAGUCAAACCUUUACUUCCAACUUACUUCAGCUAUCAUUAGAUAUCAAUUUUUCUCAUGAAUCACUGGCAAUCGUGUUUUUUGACUUGGAAACAUCAGGUUUUCAAUUAGAUUGUGACGUAUUGCAAAUCGCCGUAAAAUGUGGAAAUGCAUCAUUUCAGAAAUACAUUACACCAACGCAAGUAAUCCCUUCAAGAGCGUCUAAUGUACAUGGUUUAACCAAUGAAGGUUGUAAUUUAUAUUUACAUGGCAAUAAGGUUUCAUCACAGCCUCUUCGCGUAGUGCUUCACGAAUUAUUAACAUUUCUGACUGAUCUCGGCAAACCGUGUGUUUUAAUAGCACAUAAUUGUUUUUCUUUCGAUGGACCACGAUUAGUUAAUAUUAUAAAUAAAGUAUCUCUUCAAGAAGAGUUUAUAAAAGUAGUUGACAGUUUUGGAGAUACUAUGAAACUUUUUCGAAAUAAAUAUCCAGGUGCUGAUUGUAGUUUGUUAAGCUUAGCAGGAAAGAAUUUUUCUCUAAGUACAAGGAAAGCACAUGAUGCGAUUUACGAUGUAAUAUUAUUACAAAAUAUUGUGUCACAUGAUUUAAACGUUGAUGAAAUACUAAUUAACAAAAAAAAUUUCCAAGCAUCUGUAAAAUUUCAUGAAAAUUUUCAGUCAUUGGAACCGCUGCAGUAUUGCAUUUCCAAAUUUAUUCGUACUAGGAUGGCAAACGCAACUAUUUCUUAUGCCAAUCUAGUAGAUUCAUAUUGUGUAAGUAAACAAACAACGAUAGAAUUGUUAAAAAAAGAAGGGCGUGAUGGAAAAAAAGUAAUUCGAACCAAAAAUAAUUUAAUAGACAUUUUAAGUCAUUUAAAACAAGCGUUGCAAUAAUUUUUCGUGAUAUUAGAGUUUAAUUUUAUUAUAUAAAAAAAUUAUUUAUUGACGUUAAAUGAAGCAAUAUAUUAUAAGAAUGUUUAAUUUAAAAUAUCUCUA